UGUAGUUUUCUAGACCCACGGAACGGGCAGAAGCUGGAGCAUCCGUGCCGCCUGUUCUCCCGCCUUCAUUUCCCAUCGUGCUGAGGCGGGUGGCAUGGCGGAGAAGGAUGACACCGGAGUUUGACGAAGAGGUGGUUUUUGAGAAUUCUCCACUUUACCAGUACUUACAAGAUCUGGGACACACAGACUUUGAAAUAUGUUCUUCCUUGUCACCAAAAACAGAACAAUGCACAACAGAGGGACAACAAAAGCCUCCUACAAGAGUCCUACCAAAAUACCUGGGAUAUAUUAAUCUCUCAAUGAAUAUAAACUCCACUUACUGGCAUGCUCAAGGAAUGGGCUAUUAAGCAAGGCACCCUGUUAAAAGUGGCUGAAACCAUCAAAAGUUGGAUUUUUUUUUCUCAGUGCAAUAAGAAAGAUGACUUACUUCACAAGUUGGUGGAGCCCUCUCAUUCUUCAGUGAUACUAGGACUGUGGAUAUUGGAUUCCGACUCGACUCAUUGCAUACCAUCCUGCAACAGGAAGUCCUGUUACAAGAGGAUGUGGAGCUGAUUGAACUACUUGAUCCCAGUAUCCUGUCUGCAGGACAAUCUCAACAACAGGAAAAUGGACACCUUCCAACACUUUGCUCCCUGGCAACCCCUAAUAUUUGGGAUGUCUCAAUGCUAUUUGCCUUCAUUAGCUUGCUUGUUAUGCUUCCCACCUGGUGGAUUGUGUCUUCCUGGCUGGUGUGGGGAGUGAUUCUGUUUGUGUAUUUGGUCAUAAGAGCUUUGAGACUAUGGAGGACAGCCAAACUACAAAUGACCCUAAAAAAAUACAGUGUUCGUUUGGAAGAUAUGGCCACAAACAGCCGAGCUUUUACUAACCUCGUGAGAAAAGCUUUACGUCUCAUUCAAGAAACCGAAGUGAUUUCCAGAGGAUUUACACUUUUGCUUGACAGGGUCAGUGCUGCUUGCCCAUUUAAUAAAGCUGGACAGCAUCCAAAUCAGCAUCUCAUCGGUCUUCGGAAAGCUGUCUACCGAACUGUAAGAGCCAACUUCCAAGCAGCAAGGCUAGCUACCCUAUAUAUGCUGAAAAACUACCCCCUGAACUCUGAGAGUGACAAUGUAACCAACUACAUCUGUGUGGUGCCUUUUAAGGAACUGGGACUUGGACUUAGUGAAGAGCAGAUUUCAGAAGAGGAAGCGCAUAACUUUACAGAUGGCUUCAGCCUGCCUGCAUUGAAGGUUUUGUUCCAACUCUGGGUGGCACAGAGUUCAGAGUUCUUCAGACGGUUAACUCUAUUACUUUCUACAGUCAAUUCACCUCCUGGGCCCUUACUUACUCCAGCACUCCUGCCUCAUCGUAUCUUAUCUGAUGUGACUCAAGGUCUACCUCAUGCUCAUUCUGCCUGUUUGGAAGAGCUUAAGCGCAGCUAUGAAUUCUAUCGGUACUUUGAAACUCAGCACCAGUCAGUACCACAGUAUUUAUCCAAAAGUCAACAGAAGUCAAGAGAGUUGAAUAAUGUUCACACAGCAGUACGCAGCUUGCAGCUCCAUCUGAAAGCAUUACUGAAUGAGGUAAUAAUUCUUGAAGAUGAACUUGAAAAGCUUGUUUGUACUAAAGAAACGCAGGAACUAAUGUCAGAGGCUUAUCACAUCCUAGAACAGAAAUUAAAGUCGAUUCAGCCCCAUGUUCAAGCAAGCAACAAUUGCUGGGAAGAGGCCAUUUCUCAGGUCGACAAACUGCUACAAAGAAAUACAGAUAAAAAAGGCAAGCCUGAAAUAGUGUGUGAAAACCCACAUUGUUCAGUAGUACCUUUGAUGCAACCUACUCCUACUCUACACAUUGCAGACAAAGAUCCAAUCCCUGAGGAGCAGGAAUUAGAAGCUUAUGUAGAUGAUAUAGAUAUUGAUAGUGAUUUCAGAAAGGAGGACUUUUAUUGCUUGUCUCAAGAAGACAAAGAGAGACAGAGACGUGAGCAUGAAGAAUCCAAGAGGGUGCUCCAAGAAUUAAAAUCUGUGCUGGGAUUUAAAGCUUCAGAGGCAGAAAGGCAGAAGUGGAAGCAACUUUUGUUUAGUGAUCAUGCUGUGUUGAAAUCCUUGUCUCCUGUAGACCCAGUGGAACCCAUAAGUAAUUCAGAACCAUCAAUGAAUUCAGAUAUGGGAAAAGUCAGUAAAAAUGAUACUGAAGAGGAAAAUAGUAAAUCCACCACAACAGACAAUGAAAUAAGUAGGACUGAAUACUUAUGUGAAAACCCUUUAGAAGGUAAAAAUAAAGAUAAUUCUGCAAAUGAAGUCUUCCCCCAAGGAGCAGAAGAAAUAAUGUGUUACCAAUGUGAGAGCGAAGAUGAACCGGAAGCAGAUGGAAGUGGUCUGGCCGCUACCCCUCCAACUCCCAGGGACUCAUUACAGCCCUCCAUUAAACAGAGGCUGGCACGGCUACAACUGUCCCCGGAUUUUACCUUCACUGCUGGCCUUGCUGCAGAAGUGGCUGCUAGAUCUCUCUCCUUUACCACCAUGCAGGAACAGACUUUUGGCGAUGAGGAGGAAGAACAAAUAAUAGAAGAAAAUAAAAAUGAGACAGAAGAAAAGUAAGAACCAAGAUUUACAUGAAGUGAUUUUAGAUUGUUCCUUUUACAAAAGUGUUUAGCAUCGAGACUGGAAAGGGAAUAUGAGUGUAUACUGUAUAUAAAGCUAAGAUGUGGAUUUACAGAAAGUACCCUGGUUUGAAUAACUGAUCUGAAAUUAGUAGUUACCUGUAAAUGGCAGGUCAUUUAGGAAAAUAAGAGAAAGGUAAGGGCUCUUUUGAAUAAACUGCUGUUUUAUUUGUGGCACAACUGAUCAAUAUUGGAAAUUCUUUAAGUAUUUUUAAUAAGAAAUGAAUUAUCAUUUCUUGCCAGAAUUUGCUACCAUAAGGUGAUUGGGAAAAUUCUGUUGCAAGAACAUUGACAUUUAGUAUGACUCCUUUUUACUGUAUUCUUGCAGUUAAUAACUGCAGCUAUUAUGUUAAUAACGAGUUCUUUGUAUUUUAUUUUUGUUUAUACCAGUCUUAAAACAAAGAUCCAGGUUCUGAAUAAAAAAAAAAAAAUUCAUACAAUUGAUGUGUGCUGGGGUUUGGUACUAAAAGUAGCUUCAAAAGUGCGUGGGUUAUAUGACAUUGCUUAUGUUUCCUUAUUCAUGUAUUUAGUAGUGAAUUUUAAGAUGUCCUAGUGAUCUUUAAAAGAAAAACAUUGUACCAUUUUUAGAAGUACACUUUCAUCUUUCUUUUUGUAAUUGAAACUGAUGAUGUCAAAGUGGGAUUCCUGUAGUCCAAGCUCCCAUCCCCAAUUUAGCAAGCAGAAAAAAGUUCCUUGUAUCACUUUACCUUGGAUAAUUGGGUGCCGUUAACACAAACAGGUCACAAUGCUGCUGUUUUCUAGCCCUGUCCACCUUAAUGAGAUUCAGGAACCAUCCCAUCAGCCUCCUGGAAAGCAUCCUUGUCUCCUUAGUAUUUCAUUUACAAACUACCUCUUAACAGAGACUGCUUUUCAAAUUGGCCAAUCUGUUUUGUGUUAUGAUUGCAUUUUCAAAGAGUAAUUAUUUUCAGCGUAUACAGUUUUGAAACCUGUAGCUCCUAUGCAAUAACAUAGUUUUAUAGACAUUAUUUGGGGGAAAUGUAGGAAUAACUCAAUUUAUGUUGCUGUCCUAGAAAGGAAAUUGCAUGAUGAGUCUAGAUUGUAAAGGAACACAUUCAAAUUCCUGUAACUUACCACUUUUAGUGAGUAAAUUUACUUAUAACGAAGGGGAUUUUUUUAUUUCAGUAAUCUAAGGAAAUUUUCUUUUUAACCUGAGGAAAAAAUUUGGUUCUACUUUAUAUAGAUAGUAGAGAAUAUUGUACUAUAAGUGAUUUUGCCUUUUGCCAAAAUCCUGGAACUUACCUAUAAUUAACCGUUUAGGAGCAACAACUUAGGUUGGGUCUUGCUUUACUACUUAGAAAUAGCUAAAUUUCAGUUUUAAAAAUCUUUAUGUGUUAUAAUUGUUAUAUUCUUCAAUAAUACUUAGGGUUUACGUUCUUAUUUAAAUUGCUUAUUUAGUUUGCCGACUUCAUUUUUAUUUGGAUUUAGAAGAAGCAAUUAUGGAAAAACUUGGUAAUCUCUCUCCUAUAACCUUACACAGGAAGAAUUAGAGUUUAAUAAUUUUUAA